AAAACUCCACUUAAAUUUAAUGGUCUCUCACAAAUGGGGUUUCCCUUCUUCCUUCCCUUCGGAUCUCAUUGCCUCAGUGCUUCCUUCAUUUCGCCUCCAAUUUCGACCUGCCUCGCUUUGAUUAGCUUUCUGGGUAUUCAAUUUCUCCCUCAUGGCCACUGAUUCUUGAGAUUUCUCUCUCUGGGAUUCUUGCGUUUUGGAAUUGGGUUGCGCUGUCAUGGGCUUUAAACCCUUUUAACGCGGCUUCUUCUAAGGUUAACUGAUAACUCGUCCUGCUGACGCAUUUCAAGAGAUCGGGAAAUCUUCUUUCAGGGACAUAAUUCAAAUUUUCCCUUUUGAAAUUUCAACUUUUUCCCCUCCUCCCUUGUUAUAAAUAAAAAGCGAGCUAAGAAAGUUUGGAUAUGUCCGGAACUUGGUUCUCUGGAAAUUCGUGUUGAGCAUGGUGUUUGGGAGGUAUCAUACUUGAUUUUGGAAGUGGGAGUUUAAUACCUUCGUCUGGGAAGCAUUGGGGCGCAGAAUAUGGACAGAGUUAUUCAACCUCCUUUGGUUGAUACAACAGCAUGUUUAUGCAGGGUAGAUACAGGCUUAAAAACUGUUGCUGGAGCAAAGAAGUAUGUCCCUGGAGCAAAGCUGUGUCUUCGACCUGACAUUAAGCCAUCCAUCCAUCCAACUAGAAGCAAGCCAUCACGUGGUGACAGAAGCCGCAAUCAAUCCCCACUACUUCCUGGACUCCCCGAUGAUCUUGCCAUUGCUUGCCUAAUUCGGGUUCCUAGGAUUGAACACUGUAAACUCCGACUGGUCUGCCGAAGGUGGUAUCGUCUCUUGGCUGGUAACUUCUUUUACUCACUCCGAAAGAGUCUUGGAAUUGCGGAAGAAUGGAUAUAUGUCAUUAAGAGAGAUCGAGAUGGGAAAAUAUCAUGGCAUGCUUUUGAUCCUGUGUACAAAUUAUGGCAACCCCUGCCUCCCAUUCCUAAGGAAUAUUCUGAAGCUCUUGGUUUUGGUUGUGCUGUUCUCAGUGGCUGUCACUUAUACCUGUUUGGUGGCAAGGAUCCACAAAAGGGAUCCAUGAGGCGCGUCAUCUUUUAUAGUGCUAGGACUAAUAAAUGGCACCGUGCCCCAGAUAUGCUUCGCAGGCGACACUUUUUUGGCUCAUGUGUCAUAAAUAAUUGUUUGUAUGUGGCAGGUGGGGAGAAUGAGGGGGUACACCGAUCAUUGCGAUCAGCUGAAGUUUAUGACCCCAACAAGAAUCGAUGGUCUUUUAUUUCAGAUAUGAGCACUGCAAUGGUGCCUUUCAUAGGAGUUGUCUAUGAGGGGAAAUGGUACCUGAAGGGACUCGGUUCUCAUCGGCAGGUUCUGAGUGAAGUCUACCAACCAGAGACCGAUAGCUGGUGCCCUGUUUUCAAUGGAAUGAUCACUGGAUGGAGGAACCCAAGCACUGCCCUUAAUGGACAGCUCUAUGCUUUAGACUGCAAGGAUGGCUGCAAACUUAGGGUUUAUGAUGAGUUGACUGAUUCAUGGAGCAAGCAUAUUGACAGUAAAAUGCAUUUGGGGAAGUCUCGGGCUAUGGAGGCAGCUGCUCUUGUUCCCCUCAAUGGCAAACUUUGUAUCAUCAGGAAUAAUAUGAGCAUUUCUCUGGUUGUUGUUUCCAAAUUUGAAGAUUUGGGAGGAUCAUCAGCUGAACACCUGUGGGAAACUAUUGCAGGAAAGGGACAGUUCAAGUCUUUUGUAACAAAUCUCUUGUCUAGUCUCGCAGGCCGAAACCGACUCAAAAGUCACAUAGUGCACUGUCAGGUUCUUCAAGCUUAGGGUUUGUAUAGUGCCCAAGAAUUGACACUGAAUGUCGACUAUGACUUUCCAGCACACCCUGGGGAUCAUGUUCAUCAUGAGAGGUGAUACAUAGAGAUUAUGAGACUCAAAUCUCUUCCAGUGAUGGGAGUGGGGGGUAAAAGUGAAAAGAGAAAUAAAGGAGCAAGACUGGCUGAUCGGUCAGUGGGUCCUGUUCCUAGUUCCUACCUCUUUUUCUUGCUUCAUUUUCCUCUGUAGUGUCACUGGAGGGGAUCUGCUCACAUAGAUCAGUUGUCGUAGUAAUUUGAAGUACUCCACUAGAGAUCAUAAUUUAGAAGAGAAUAGUGGGUCCUGCCUCUGCAUUUGUGGACUUGCAGAAGUGGAACCCACUACUUUCUUUCUAUCUUUCUCUACUUCAGCGGAUUCGGAUUCAUCUUAGUAAUCACAGUGCUACAGAUAUUGAUUGGUAGUUACAUUUACAUGUUGAGAAUUGAGUUGGCCAUUUCCCUGGUCAUAUAUUGUGAUGAUGCGAGGAAUGUCUCUCAUGAGUAAUUUGAGAAGAUCAACACUUACCCAACUUUUACAAUUACAAGCAUGCACAACUAUUCAUGAGGCUCUAUUUGUUUUUAAGAUCAGGCCCUUGAUGUUGAUGGUUUGUUGAGAACGCAUUCAAAUGCCUAUUUAGUUGCGCGUGGUUGUGAGUGUUUAUUAGUUUUGUAGGUACACCAUUGCUUGAGGAAGAAACUAUUGGUCAGGUGUAACCCAUGAUGCUUACAGAUCAUUUGCAAAGUUUUAAUCUUUGUAUGUAGAUCAAGUUUCUGCAGUUGCAAGGAUGAAUGGUAUGAAUAUUA